AAGAAAAUCUUACUGCAAAAGUCAUUGGAACUGCCGAAACAGUGGGGUUUCACCGAAGUUGUAGAAGAAAACCUGAAAUGGGGGGACCUUGAGGCAGCACACAAGAUCCCCAAGGCCUUGACUACAAAAGUCAUAAGGGUCAAAUUCACUGUUUGCUAGACUGGCUAGAAAGCUUCGAUGGAUGAUGGUGAAGGAUGAAGUGGAAGGAAUAGGGGCGGCCUCAAAGACGGGGGUCACCUGGUCAGAACACAGGGGGUGUGCAGUCAAGAAUACUAAGGGCUGCAGGGAAGAUUUCAACGUUCAAGGUGAGCACAGUUACUGAUGCUAAGAGAUGCAUCGCUACUUUUCCUAGAAGAGGGAAAAUGAGCCCAUGGAAGCUUUGACAAGGUUGGAAGGGGAAGAAGAUGUUCCGAAUGAUAAACCCAGUAAUAGUUGUUGUUGUCGUUGGGACAUUCGCUAGAACUUUCAUGGCUACUGCCACCAGAUCCGCUGCCGUAGCCUUUAACUCUGUAGGAAUUCUGGCCAAAUCCCAGCUUACCUCCGGCAACAGUCCAUCUUUGCAGCUCCAAUCUUGCAUUGGCCUCCAGUAUAGAUCGAGGAGUUUCCGAAAUCCCAGCUUACCUCUGGUAGCAGUUCAUCAAUGCCACCACGCCAUGGUUGCAGGGUCUGAUGCAGGUUUUGUUGCAGAGAUCCUCCUUCUCUUUGUCUCCCUCUUUCCGUCGCUAACUGCCUUCUUUAAACCAAGCUUCGCUUGGCCAAAUCAGAUCUGGGUUCCUUAUUUGCUGUCGAAAGGAAGAAAACGGUAAUUCCUUUCGAUAGUGAGAUAAUUCCAUAUGAUUGUAUUUAUAGUAUGGUAUUGAUUCAGUUACCUGCUUUUCAUAAAAAAGCAGGUAAUGGGAUGAUCAGAGAGGACGAAGUCGCCGGAGGGGAACCGAGCCAAAGGUUUCCGACCCAAGUCCAUUACAACCUCAAUCAAGCGGUGGAGUUCUGGGUGUUCGCUUACCCUCCGUCGCAUCUCCUCUGGCAAUAGAGCCAAUAGGUGUCCCAAUUCGACGUCGGAUUCAUCUUCCGCCGUGGAAGAAGAAGAAGAAGCAGCCAAGAACCGUACCUUAAGGAACAGUAAGAUAGCACUAGUAAAUUUAAAAAACAAUAUAUGUCACCUAUAUACAAAUUUAACGGAAUAUUAACAGGAGCAAACAGUAGAGUUAGUCAGUUGUCAGAAACAGUAGAAACAGUAAAAUAGCACUAGUAAAUUUUUAAACAGUAGUUUAACUAAAUCAUAAAGAUAGUUUAAGAAAUUUAUCCUAAAAUUAAAAUGAUUUUUGGAAUCGAGACGGUCGUUAAAUAUGAAACUCCGUUUAAGUUUUAGGUAUAAAAGGUGGCGUGGCGAUUCCCCUCGGAACAGACGAUGUGAGUUCUAUCAAAAUAGCCCACUAGACAUCGUUACAGGAAGACCCUUCUCCUCGCCCUUACCCCUCCGCCGUUUCUGACCACACCCUCUCCCCGUUCGGCCUUUGACUACUUUCUCCAAAGCUCGGCCAGAACACCUGCCAUUGCCACUUUCUUGUACGAAAAUUUCCUUCUGAAACCAGCACCCCUUCUCCCUGCGUUUAACCACAUCUCCGCUCUCCACCUUCUUCCCCAACCUUUCCCAAUCUGAAUCCUUUCCAUCUAUAAGCAACUCUCCAAUCCCCAACGCUCACCAGUCUUCAGCAAGGAAAACAUCGAUUUCCACCGGCAGUCACCUUCUGCAACCAAUUUCUUCGCUACUCUUCUUCAUCGUCGCCAGCCGUCGACACCUCUCACCGUCGACUCCACCCACUGACACCUCUCGUCUUCAUCACUGACAUCUCUUUCGCCUUCAACACCGAUACCUCGCACCUCCGGAAAAAGAACGAGAAGGGCAGAGCGAUGCCGGAUAAGACGGACCUGUCACCAGAUCUAGUAGAAAAGGAGAGCCUCGCUACCAGUUAGAUAUCCGAUGAGAGAAGAGAGAACGCCGCCGCUGUUCAACGAAGAAGACGAUGAACAGUGACCUUCGUGAGAUUAGAAGAAACGGAGAGCUUUGUAUUCCGAUGAGAGAAGAGAGAACGCCGCCGAUGUUCAACGAAGAAGGCGAUGAACAGUUACCUUCGUGAGAUUCGAAGAACAGUGAGCGAUGCCGGAUAAGACGGACCUGCUUGGUGCUAACUUCAGGUCAGGAGGAAGACUUGCAUUUGCAAAAUGCUUACUAUUUGGAGAUGAAAGAUGCUGGUUCAUUUGAGUGGUGACUAUAAAAAAACCAAUCCUAGAGGAAGGAGGCACAGAGUAGCGGAAACUGAAGCACACCACCAUUUGAAUCCAAGAUGGAGCAUGAUCUACCUGAGUACCCGGGAUGCCACCCAGCCUUACUAGAUCGGCUCCAAGCAGAAGCAGAUGAUGUUAUCACCAUGGUUGGAGCAAGUUGGGGAAAUGUCAUACGUCUAUCCAAAGUUAUUCUCGAUUGGUCCUUGUUAAAAGCUGCAUUCCAAUGCUGGGACCACGAAAGAGGAGUGUUCCGCUUUGGAGAAAACCACAUGUGCCCUACUCUUGAAGAGAUUGCCUAUAUGAUGGACAUGCAGUUGGAGGAUGACAUACCAUUCCCAGUAGCUAAACAGGGGUUUCGUGCCGAGAUAAGCAUCUUCCUGAAGUGUAGAAAGAAUCAGCUUGAGAUGAUCAAUGAUAAUGCUGUUUCCAUUGAGUUCCUAUUAAAACGAAGCAUUACCAAUCGAACGCCCCAAGAUCCUGCCAAAGACGCUGAAGGGAAGAAGCAUGCACUCCUUUUGGCUAUUGUAGGACAUCUUCUAUUUCCCCAGGAUCGAGAAUCAGUCCACCCUCGAUUGAUAACUGUCCUAAGACAGUUGGAGGAAGUUGAGCGGGAAUCAAGAAAGCCUGGCAUCACCCUUGUACCCAUGGUGUUGGCUGAGAUACUGCGCAGCCUAACUGCAGUAAAAGCUUCUAGGAUUUGGCCAUUUCAAGGAUCUCUGCAGCUACUCCAGCUUUGGUUGAUUCAGCAUCUGCCCUUCCUAGUGAUCAGUAAUGGUAAACCACUUGCUCCCAAGCCAAUGUUGCAAGAUGUUGACAUCCUCCUCACUCAACCACAGUCCGCUUAUCUCACACUUGAAGAAUACAGUGGAAGGCUCCAGAUGACCCGAGAAGAGGAGAUUCAGUGGAAGAUAGGAAUGUCUAUCCAGAAAGGUUGCACACAACCCCGCUUGGCAGCUGAGGGUAGGCAUAGCAUGGUUUUGGCUGGAUUAUAUGGCUCGACCCCCUAUGUCCCACUACUUGUUCUAAGGCAGUUUGGCUACAAGCAAAUAGUCCCCACCUGCGACAACACCACUGGUGAAAUCAUUGAGUUUGAGAAAUACUGUGCUGCCAUGGAACGCCGCUUCAAGGAACAUUGGGCAUCGAGCAAGAGAGAGUUAGCUGUCACCCCCGUCAUUCCACUAUUCACUUGUGCACCAAUGUACCGUGAAUGGAUACGGAAUCCGAACAUCUCCUCCCCUUGGGCACCACCAGCAGAGAUCCCCACACCAGUCAGGCCUCCAUCUCACGGUACUAUAUCAAAGGCAUCACUUAAGCGUCCACUAGAAGAUCUAUUCCUGCAAGCUGCUAUCAGUCUUCACCUGCAAAACAAGAAGAAUGAAGGGCAGGAAGCAGCCAAGGCCAAGGCACAAGAAGACUACCUGCAAGAAGAGAUAUUGCGAGCACAAACCAGCCUAGCGGAAGCAAAGGCAACCCUGAAGCAAGUUGAAGAAAAGCUGGGUCAAGCCCUCCAAGAGAAGCAUGAAGCCGAGUUACGUGCCCAACAAUUUCAGAAUGAGGUUGUUGAAAUCCGCAAGCGCAUGCAAGUCAACGCCACCAGGGAUGUGAUUGCAACAGCUUGGAUGAGCAGUCGAAUUGCAAAACUGGAAGACAAGCUUCGAUGGCAUGGCAUCGAUAUCCCACCCCCUCUUCCCCGCCCGUUCAAACAAUGAUCAUUUUAGUCUCCUGUCACAUGUUUCGUAUUUUUUUUUUCAUGUUUUAUAUGGUAUAUUUUGUUAGACUUCAACAAUAUUAAAGAUUCAGCUCUAAUGUGUCAUUUUAUCAUUAAUUCAAAUCUUUUGUUUGUGCAA